CUAAGGUGUGACAAGGUGGUAUCAUAGGCUACACUCGACUUCAAUGGCGGCCGCGACUCGUGCUGUUAUCGAAGAUCAUCUUACCUCUGUUUGCAAUCACACGGAUUCCUUGGAUACUCGUAUUCAGGAGCUUGGCGCGAAUUUGACUCUUCACAUCAAUAAUUUGGAGCUUCAGGCCACCGAUGCCCAUGCUUGUCUGUUGGCAACAGAAUCUCAGAUCCAUGAUCUUUUGACGAAAGCUGAUAGUCAUUCACUCCAGUUUGCCACUAUUACAACCAGAAUCGACGGCAUAGAUCGCCGCUUUGAUAACUUCGAUCAGCGUUUCGAUGAGGCGUUUCGGCAAUUGGAUUGUUCAUCCUCUGCCAACAGUGGUUGUGGCUAAUGUGGCGGGGCCGUUGGUUGAAUGGCGCAACGACCAAGGCAUUUUACCCCCUUCCAGAGCGACAAGAGCUGUGGCGGAGCAGAUUCCGGCGCCGCAGGGCCAGAUUCCGGUGAAUCGAGUUGCAGAUCUGGAUGGAAAUCAUGUUCCUCCUCGCGGUAAUUACAAUAAUCCUACUCCUCAGCUUCCUCGCUUAGAUUUUCUGCAUUUUAAUGGCGACAAUCCACGUUAAUGGAUUCGCAAGUGCGAAAAACUGUUCGAGAUCUAUGAUGUUCCUAUGGAUCAGAGAGUCUGUAUGGCGUCAAUCUAUUUCGAUCCCCGAGCAGAUAUUUGGGUCGAAGGUUAGACUACUGGCCGUUGAAUGCUUGAUUGGAAUGAAUUUUUUGUUGCCUU